GGGGUUGUGUAACCAUGACAUUGUCCACGCGGUAGAGUAAAAUAUUAAAAAGCUAUAAUGUGUCCGAGUCGGAGGUAGCUGCCUUUCAACAGCCGGACAUUCCUGAAGUGUAUCGAUAUUAACGUUAAAGGUCAGUCAGAGUUAUUAACUUUGCUAAUAGCGAACAUGGCUGCGCCCACAGGACCAGGGGGACCAUCAGCCGGGUUUGAAGGCUUUCCGUUCGCAGUGGCCGGCAAACCAGCAGAGGACAGCUCUGGUAGAGAGCAGGAGCAGACAGGGGGUGUGAAAAAGAAGCCAUGCAGGGCCUGCACGGACUUUAAGUCGUGGAUGAAGGUCCAGAGGAAACAGACGACAGCUGCUGUACAGGAGAAUGGAGCUGCAGAGUCGGAGCAACAACCAGACCCACAAUGUCCAUUGGACAGGGAAGAGUUAGGGCGUAACACCUGGUCGUUCCUGCACACUAUGGCAGCAUAUUACCCCGACCAUCCAUCGUCCACCCAGCAGCAAGAGAUGGGGCAGUUCAUCAACCUUUUCUCCAAGUUCUUCCCCUGCGAUGAAUGUGCAGAAGACCUCCGGGGCAGAUUAAAAAACAAUCAGCCGGACACCAGGAGUCGCCAUGCUCUUUCUCAGUGGCUCUGUCAGCUCCAUAAUGGCAUCAACGCGCGGCUGGGCAAGCCUGAGUUCGACUGCUCCCGUGUGGACGAGAGGUGGAAAGAUGGAUGGAAAGAUGGUUCCUGUGACUAAGGUGUGAAGAAAACGUCCUUCCUGUCAGUGCAAAACUUUCUUUGAGUGGAAACAGCACAAAGUGGAGCUCACAUUGUGGUGACACACUGCGCAUAGAGAGUGUCUUUUCUCGUUUUGUGGUUAGUUAAUAUAACUGAUCUGGUAAUAAAAUUAAAUGUAAAAAACACACAAGUAUUCCUCUCUGUUUGACAGGCCUCAGAGUGAAACAAAGCAAAGUUUCACUGAACUUCUUGAUGUGGGGAGUUUUAAAAGUUCAGGAUACAAAUGUUUAUUGACAUUCUACGUUCAGUCUUGUGUGGAAUACAAAACACAUUAGAUUUACCUGUUAAAGCAGUAAAUUUAGCUAUUAAAAUGCUGCCCUGACUGAAGUUGGGGUUUUGAUGUCAACCCAGAUUUACCACCACAACAACAAUCGAUAUCACUUUCUUAAAUGUGUGAAAAAUAUUUAUUACAGAGAUGUCAUUAUAUCAGUGAUUAAUUGGAGCUUUCACUUUUAAAUAUGUCAGAUAAAUAUAUGUAUAAAUUACAUAGUGAUGAUUAUAGAAUGUUUUUUCAUUGUAAUACCACACUCAGUUUUUGUGUUUGUACGGUGGCGUAUCUGCCGAAUGUGUUAAUUUAUUUGCAUAAUAUAGUGCUUGAAUUAGUAAUGAUGUCAUUUUCUAAUUACAGCCAUGACUGAUUGAUCAUUUAAGUAAUUAAAUUAAGUAUAAAUACAUGUAUUUUGUAGCUCAUAAAAGGCGGUUAUUUA